AUGGCUACACAACGUGCAGCUGCAGGUGUGUCCAUUGACGAGCAGAUUGCAGCUAUUCAUAGAAGUAAGGGGCUGACAAGUGACGGAGAUUCCAAGAUCGGUCCACGCAUACCACAAGCGCAAGAUUCACCCCACCAACAACAAGCACAUAUGGCAGCAUCACAAUUCCAAAACCUUCAAAAUCAGCACCAAAUGUAUGGAUUUCCUCCAGUCCCUCAUAAUCAAGUUUACUCACCAUAUGUUCCUUCCUCGGCACCGUUUGCUCACCAGCUGUCAGGUUACAUCACUUCAGCACACCCACAUGCUAACAUGGCAAUGGGUCAUCAUCAUAUGUUACAACGUCCACAUAUGCAAUCUACGCAUCGACCACCACAACCACCAGGCAUGCCUCCAGUAAUGAUGUCACAUGUGCAGGGACAAUCACCUAUACCUGCAAGCGGAAUACCUGGAGCACCAAUUCCUUACGCAGCUUCUAUGUCGUUAGAUAAGGAGAAAGGACGACUUGCGGAAGAAGACCUGGAUCCAACUAACCCAGCAAAGAAACAGAAAUUGGAUGGUAAUAUACCAGCAGGCACUGGUUUUAUGAACGAUGAUAAUAUGUCUGGACACCAGACUUUCUUCACUCUCACCAUUCAAUGCCCUAAUCUGCCUGAAAAACCAGAAUGGAAUUGUACGGGACAGUCAUUGGAAAUUGAGGAUGUUUCUCUAAAUAUGCUUGUUUCCACUUUAAAAGACAAGAUUGCUGCACGAUUGAGUUUUCCUGCUGGCAAACAGAAACUCGCAAUUGGGGGUCAAGUUAUGAAGAAUCAAGGUGCAUUAGGAUUCUAUAAUAUAGAAAAUGGUACCGCCAUAUCGUUACAGGUGAAGGAUAGAGGCAAGAAGUAA